AUGUCUACCCACAAAGAAUUAUCAUCUGAAGACUACUUAUCGCUCAUCAAUGCCGCAACCACUGCACUCUCCGAAAAACUUCUGUCGUAUGCUGGCCAUGGCAUUGACAAACCCCGUGUGUUGAUCAUCUGUGGGUCAGGAUUAGGCGGAAUCGCCGAUAUUUUGCAUUCUGAACCUUCUUUGGAGGUGUCGUAUGGUGAAAUCCCCGGCUUCCAGCAAUCCACUGUUCCUGGUCAUGCUGGAAAACUCAUUUUUGGACUCAUUGGAGAGAAGAAAGUUCCAGUCGUAUGCAUGGUAGGAAGGUUGCACUUUUAUGAGGGCUAUACUUUCCAACAAACAACAUUCCCAGUGAGAGUCAGUAAAAAAUUGGGAGUCGAAACCGUUGUCGUGACCAAUGCAGCCGGUGGUGUGAACUCAGAGUACAAACCUGGUGACUUGAUGAUUAUCAAUGACCACAUCAAUUUCCCUGGCUUUGCAGGCCACCAUCCACUCAGAGGACCCAAUUUGGCUGAGUUUGGUCCUCGGUUCCAGCCAUUGUCCGAUGCUUACAGUCACUCUUUACGUAAUUUGUUCUUCAAGAAAGCGAAGGAGUUGGGCGUCACGCGCUCCAUCUAUGAGGGCACCUAUUUGUUUGCUGCUGGGCCCACCUUUGAGUCUCGUGCUGAGGUGCGUAUGGUGAGGAUCCUAGGUGGAGACGCUGUGGGCAUGUCAACUGUUCCUGAGGUGAUUGUAGCGCGCCAUUGCGGCAUGGAGGUCUUGGCAUUAUCGUUGAUUACCAAUGCUGGAGUCGGGGAGAAGCCUCCUAGUGCAUUUGAAGAGAAUCCUCGUCCUCUCGAUGAUGGUAUGGCAUCUCACGACGAGGUGUUGGAGAGUGCCAAUGAAGCAUCCAAGGAUGUGCAGAAAAUCUUUGCAGCCACUAUCAACGAAUUAUGA